AUGUCUGACAACGAAAGUCCUCGUUUACGAGAAAGUGAUUCUUCAGAUCAUUCUCAAGAUAUGAAAUUCGUCGCUAAAACUGAGGAUUACACUCAAUCAACCAACUUAUUAUCUCUUCACAACAUUUGUAAUAUCAUGCAUUCGCAAUCAUCACCUUCAUUAUCACCACAAUGGUUUGAUCCUUCACCCAUUCAACCUUCAACACCAAGUGAAAAUUUAAAAGAUCACAGAGAUCCUCUAGAUGACGCUCCUAAAUUUAACGAACCAUCUCCUACUGAAAUGAUCGAUUCUACUGAGUAUAUGAGUUCUAAAUCUCAUCAAGAUAUUGUUCAUGACAAUGAAGUUCGUAAUGAAAUUAUUCGUAGUAAUGAAGGUCGCAUAAUUGGUAUCCAUGACCUUGCAGAUUUAGCAAUUAACCUUAAUCCAAGGUCAAUUGAGAAUGAUGUCCAAUCCGAUAUAGGUUCUCGAUAUCCAUCAACUUCUUAUGUUACAAAAUCUGUUUAUACUCCUUUAAUCAAUUCUCAAGAUCAUAAUAAAAAGGUUGAGAUUGAAAAUGCUCAAUGUACAAAUCCAAUGUGCGCUCAAUGUCAUCAUUCAAAUUAUUCUGGUGCUCAUCAAUAUCCUUUUCCAAUGCAAUAUUAUAUGGCAUUAACAAAUGGUAACAUUUAUCAACAAUCUCCUUUCGUUCCUCCUACUGCCGUCUAUGCUCCUUCGCAAACUAUUCAAUCUCAAAUUUCUGCAAAGUGUGACCAACAAAUUUCUUCAAAUAAUAAUCCAUCUCAACCUAAAAGAAGGCGACGUAGAAAAACAAAAGCUACUAUAGGUUCUCCAAUUAUUAAUGGUACCAAUUCAAAUAAUCAAAAUGUUGAACAUAAAAGUAAAAAUGGUGAAAUUUAUCGUUGUUCAAAUUGUGGUGCCAGAGAAACUCCUGCAUGGAGAAGAGAUCUUCGAGGCGAAGCUUUACUUUGUAACGCUUGCGGGUUAUAUUUGAAGGUUAAAGGAUGUCAUAGACCGACUGAAGUCGGUGUUGACGGUGAAAUACGUUUAGUAAAAACCGAAAAAUCUGGUAUCGGUGAACCAAAAUGUCAAAAUUGUGGAACUCAAAAUACUCCUUGUUGGAGGGGUCCCGAAGGAAGCAAACUUUGUAAUCGUUGUGGUCUUUUCUUGAAACAACAUGGAUAUCAACGUCCAGGUACUCCACAUGAGAAAAAAGUUACUUCUGUAAGAUUUAGUCCUUAUUAA